UCAUAGACGAUUUAAACAUGAAAGGGUGAAACCCAUUCAAACAAGAAAUUCUCAAAACUUAAUUUUCUCUCGUACAAAACAUUCUCUCAACACCUGCUGUCGUAAGUAAAUAGAUCACACCGCCAGGCGCCGAGAGACGGAGAGAGAGGGAGAGAAAUCCUGCGUACAAAACAAGAACAGAGUGACGAAACAGCCAGCGGCGAAGCGAAGGUUCAAUAGAGCGAAAUUUCAGUGUUGUGAUCGUAAGGAGAAAUCACCGAAAAAUACAAAAAGAUGCGUAGCUGCGGUUUGGCUUUAUCAGGCACCGAUUCACGUUGCUAUUUACCGGCGAUGCCUCCCACUUUCUCUCCAAGAAGAGCCUCUCCGCCGGACGGAACUUCGCAGGUUUUGUUCCCUAAAUCGGCACGGCAUCCUUCUGCUUGCGUCAGAGUAAAGGCCACUGUCGUCAACGAAGCGGUAGUCUCCGACGACGUCGAGAUGAGCUUCUACGAGGUUUUAGGAGUACCGGAGUCGGGGUCGAUGGUGGAGAUUAAGCAGGCCUACAAGCAGAUGGCUCUGAAAUAUCAUCCGGACGUUUCACCGCGGGACCGGAUCGAAGAGUAUACUAGGAAGUUCAUCAAGGUUCAGGAGGCGUAUGAGACGUUGUCCGAUCCUAGUAUGAGAGCUUUGUAUGACAGUGACAUGGCGAUAGGUCUUCAUCUUGCUUUUUCUGCUCGAAGACGCGGCUACAACCAUGAGGAAAUGGAAGAGAAAAGUGGGUGGAAGAACCGUUGGAAGGAUCAGCUAUCAGGAUUGAAGAAAAGAAGCAUGAACAAAGAUUCAAGAGCAAGCAUGUCGUGGGGAGCUCGGAUGCGCAGGCAAAGGGACAAGCUUCAUGAAGACGAUGCAUAAUUUGGUUCUUCCCCUGCUCUAAACUUUCAACCUUCCUGCACAUAACUAAUAUUAUAUACAAUAGCUAGAUACAAGACCUUAGCUUACUGAUUACUAGAACUUCUACUUCCUCUAUGAAACUCAAAUAGCUUAGAGUCUGCAUAUUGGGAAGUUGUUCCACAAGGAAUGUAAAUCACUAGAAAAUUAGUAUUGAAUGUAUAUAUGGUAAGUAUACUCUAUCAAUGUUUACUUCACCUUUCCUGUUUGGUCCUGGUAGAUUACAGUUUGGUUUCUGAAUAUGUACAUUACUUUUCUUAAA